UUUUUUCUUGUAUUUCCUUCCAUAUUUGAACCGAAAGUAUAUUGAUGGCUCCUUAUCAAUAUCCGAAAAAAGCAAGCUUUAACAAGGAGAUCCUGGAUACCUUUUGUUUUCAUUGGCCCGCAGCGCACAAGUACGUACUCGUGCGCGUCCUCGAUGACUCGAUCGCCAUGGCGCCGGUACGAUCUCGUAUGGCUUUCUUGUUCUUCCACAAUGCUCCUCCACCACGACGGCCAUCCGUAGCAACCAGCUCAUCCUCACCACGUUUUGGCCCAUCGCGGGUGCAUUCGGUGUUCCGUGCUUGGAAACAUACCCUCAUAUUUGCUGACACAGAAGACAGCGAUGACGACGAAGAGCCGAGUGACAAAGACACGUUGACCCGCCAGCGAUCCACUUCUCCAAGCAAUGCCAUGUCACCCGGACCUGCCAUCUCCCUUAAUGAUAUUAUUACCGAUAAUCCCACGCUGUGUGACAACUGGAUUCAUGCACAAUGCAGGGUUGACCAAACAACGCCCGAUACAGCCAUCCGACUGUAUACAAAGCACACCACCGUUAUGCUGAGAGCGCGAUGUCUAGCGGAGAAAGUGGCCUUUCUUAAUCUUGUCCGUUUAACUGAUCAACGCCGGCCGUCCAGUGACGCAGGAGCCAGAUCCGUUUCGUCUGAUACUCAAACGAUAAUGUCUGACAGCCUCAUUGAAGAUUCUGUCAUGCAGAAUGAACACCAGUUCCAAAAAGUCGAUAUGUUAGCGCGAAAGUUGGAAAAAGCACGCGAUGAUAUCCAACUGUAUUUCGAAGAAUUACAGCGCCUGGAUCAUGGAUGCGCCACAUUGAGUCAUUCCUUGGAUAAAAGCGCGGUAGGUGACAUUCGACGAGUAUUGAAAGAUGUCCGGGAACAAAUGGCGUCGUCCAUGGAAUAUUCUCAAUCACAUCAAAGACAUAUGAACGAUCUGGAAAAAAAGGCGAUGUCUAAUUCUGGCAUACUGAAAACCGUCGAUUUGCGCUUGGAAGAUUUGCAGAACACGAUGCGACAACAUGCAUGGUAUCCGUGGUUAUACACCGGUUUGAUCUCCAUAUCGAUUGUCAUCCUGAGUUUUCUGGUGUACUGGCUCCUCCGCUGAACCAACAUUAUUCCCUCGAUUAAUAAUCUACUCUAUAUUUGCAUUGUAUAUUUGUAAUUUUUAAAUUUUGUAUUCAAACCCAUUACGCCUAUCACCGUCAUUCUCCUCAUUCUCACUCUCAUUCACCUCAAAAAAUCAUCACUGCAUCAUUUUAUCGAUAACUUUUUUGCUCUAAUUUUGAC